ACUGUCAACCACUGUUGCUCUCCUACUUUUACCAUUGUGCUGGUGUCCUGUCACAGCUCACAUUCAGAGAAUAAUAUCUCACUGGGAUGUCUCUGUCAUUUGAGGGAAGAGUCGUGCUUGUCACCGGGGCCGGAGGAGGCCUGGGAAAAGAAUAUGCACUGGCUUUUGCUGAAAGAGGCGCCUCAGUUGUCGUGAAUGACCUUGGGGCAGACACUAAAGGGGGCGGAAAGAGUUCUGCAGCUGCUGAUAAGGUGGUGGAGGAGAUAAGAGCAAAAGGAGGCAAGGCCGUGGCGAACUAUGAUUCUGUAGAAGAUGGAGAAAAACUAAUCCAAACAGCACUGGAUGCAUUUGGAAGAAUAGAUAUUCUUGUAAACAAUGCUGGGAUACUUCGUGAUAGAUCAUUUGCCAGGACGAGUGAUCUGGAUUGGGACCUGAUUCAGAGAGUUCACUUGAGAGGCUCCUUUUUGGUGACCCGUGCUGCCUGGAACCACAUGAAAAACCAAAAGUUUGGCAGAAUCAUUAUGACGACUUCAGCUGCAGGCAUCUAUGGUAACUUUGGCCAGGCCAACUACAGCGCUGCCAAGCUGGGCUUAGUGGGUCUGGCAAACACCUUGGCUGUUGAGGGACGCAAGUACAACAUCUUCUGCAACACUAUUGCUCCUGUUGCUGGGUCACGGCUCACAGAGACUGUCAUGCCCCCAGAUCUCGUGGAGUCUCUGAAGCCUGAGUACGUUGCUCCCAUGGUGCUGUGGCUCUGUCAUGAACAAUGCCAAGAAAAUGGAGGACUGUUCGAGGUUGGUGCAGGCUGGAUUGGUAAAUUGCGCUGGGAGCGUUCUCAGGGCCGCAUUGUGAGACAGAUGAACCAACCCAUGUCUCCCGAGGCUGUCAGGGAACAGUGGGACAAAAUCUGUGAUUUUACAGAUGCUACAAAGCCUUCUAGCGUACAAGAGUCUCUACAGUCAGUCGUGAGCGUGCUGUCUCGAGUGGAAGAAGAAGUCAGUGCCAGUCCAACUGCCGCCGUAGCCAUGGCGUCCUCAGCCUCAGGGAUCAAUCCUGCUGAGGCAGUGGGACAAAAACUACCACCAACCACGUUCAGCUUCACCCAUACCCAGUGCAUCCUCUAUGCAUUGGGGGUUGGCAUGUCCACCAAGGACCCAGAACAUCUUAGGUUCCUGUAUGAAGGCCAUUCAGACUUUAGCUGCCUCCCCACCUUCGGGGUCAUUCCCUCCCAGGCAGCCAUGAUGGAUGGCGGGCUGGGCUCAAUCCCUGGACUCAACAUCGACUUCACACAGGUGUUACAUGGGGAGCAGUAUCUGGAGCUUUACAAACCUCUGCCCACCUCAGGACAACUUACCUCUGAAGCAACCAUAGCAGAUGUGUUGGACAAAGGAUCUGGAGCUGUCAUCCUCUUGGAUGUGAACACUUACAGUGGUGAUGAGCUGAUCUGCUACAACCAGUUUUCAGUGUUUGUCGUUGGAGCUGGAGGCUUUGGAGGGAAAAGAACUUCUGAGAAAGCCAAAGCUCCUCUGCCUCCACCUAAACGUGCACCAGAUGCUGUGGCGAUUGAUUCUACCACAAAAGACCAAGCGGCCUUGUACCGUUUGAGUGGAGACUGGAACCCUCUUCAUAUAGACCCCAGUUUUGCUGCCAUGGGAGGCUUCAAGUCGCCCAUCCUCCACGGUUUGUGCUCAUUUGGCUUCGCUGCGAGACACGUCCUCAAACAGUACGCUAACAACGAUCCCUCAAGAUUCAAGGCUAUCAAGGUUCGCUUUGUGAAGCCAGUGAUGCCGGGCCAGUCACUACAGACCGAGAUGUGGAAGGAAGGCAACAGGAUUCACAUCCAGUGUACAGUGAAGGAGACGGAUGCAGUUGUGCUAUCAGGGGCCUAUGUGGAUCUACAUGGUGCGUCAGAGGCUUCACCAGAAAACCUUACCAAAGGAGGAGGCCUCCAGAGCGAGCUGGUGUUCGCAGAGAUCGGCCGUCGCAUUAAAGAUUUGGGAGCAGAGCUGGUCAAGAAGGUGAAUGCUGUGUUCGGCUGGGAGAUCACCAAAGAUGGAAAGAACGUCGCGCAGUGGACCAUUGAUCUGAAGAACGGUAGCGGCGCCUUGCAUGAAGGCCCAUACAGCGGGAAGGCGGAUGUGACCAUCACGGUGUCUGAUGAAGACUUCAUGGAGGUGGCUCAGGGGAAACUGAACCCUCAGAAGGCGUUCUUUGCUGGCAAGCUGAAGGUUAGAGGGAACAUCAUGCUGAGUCAGAAGCUGGAGGUCAUCCUGAAGGAUUACGCCAAGCUGUGAGCCUCCUCAGCCAACCAAUCUGAUGACUUCAGGAACUAACCAGCCUACCAGCCCUCUCCUUGGACACUUUCCAUUUGUGCUAAUGUGGCCUCUCGCUUCCCUUGCUCACGCCUCUUCCUCACAUCUUAGCUCCUCCCAGCAGUAGGGGAGGUGGGGGGGAUGAGAGGGAGAGAUGCGUGGACAGAGGAUUUUUCUAUUCACCAAACGAGACAUCCUCGCUCACUCCAGCGUCAUUUUUGAGGAGACAGCAGCUCCUCAUGACGCAUCUCAUCUGUCAAAUGUGAAGUAAAUAUUAAAAGAAAAACACCUGAAGACUGCGGCUCCAAUACUGAUUAUAGAUCUAUGUGCAGUGUCAGGUUACCACAGUAUAUGACACAAAUUAAAAUCUGUAAAUAUCUAUGUGGGGGAGCAUUAAAAACAGAUAAACUUGCUUUAAAUAAAAUAUAGUGUAAGAUGUAGAACAGCAAGUCUUACAUCUUCUUCAGGCUCAGUCGGAUAUUUAUAGGAAUAAUAACCUCCACUAUCUCCAAGGAAGAGACAGAGGAGGAAGGAGUGAUGCCAUCUGGUAAAAAAACCCAUUUGAAAUAGCACCUGUGGUUCCUCGCUAGAGGCCUCCUCUCUCCUCACUCCUCUGGGAUGCAGAGGAGCGACUGGAACAUCCUCUGUGAAGGUGAAACUAGAUCGGUUUCAGGGUCACAGAGGAGCAAGGAUGGGAAGAAGCAUCAUUAGCAGAAAAUGGAAAGCACCCUUCAUCUAUACUUUUCUGGUCCCGUUUCAUUUACAUGUUUUUGCCUUUUUGGAAUAGAUUUGUCUUCUAUGAAUUAACUUUCACUGUAGUGAUAAAAUGAGUCCUUCAAAUAGAUGGAGACUGAUAUGUUUAGAGGAACAGACGGAGGAAGCAAUAAUUCACUGUAAUUCCAGCUUGUUAGUUUACUUGGUUGGUUGUUUGUUGUCCGCCCUUGCCUUAAAUGUGCCCUUAAAAACACUUGCCUUCAUAGAAAUUGACUACUGAUCUUCAUAAAAUUAACUCAGCGUAAAGUCUCAGAUGUGACACCAAUCAGUCAUUGUGUCCCUCCUUUAGGAGAAACAAACGUCUACCACAGUGAGCUGAAACACUGCUCUCUUCUACAUUGUGUGAAUUCACUGCUUGAAGUCAUGAUUAUAAUCAAAAGCAGUUUCUUGCUCGGGCGGACCAGUCAUAAUUGAGUUUAUUUCAUCAUGAAAUUAAGUUUUAUGUACCUCUUACUGUAAUCGCAGAACAUUUAUGAACUGUAUAGUAAUGUAGAGUUUAUUACCAGUCAGUGUGACAGAUGAUUUUUGCUUAAUUUCUUUGUAAACAGUGGAAUUGCAAUAAAAUUCUAUGUUUUUUGUUUGCUCUUUUAUGUAAAAUAAUAAUAAUUCAGACUAAAAGCUGAUUUUUUUUGAUACUUAUAACUAUGCUGCAAUUAAAGUUUAAAUUUACCUGUAUCAAAUUAAAAUGUCCAUUUGG